GGCACAAGCCCAGCGAGGGUGAAACCUCGCGGCAGAAGUGAUUCACCUGCUCAUUCGCAUCACGACCUUAAGCCGACGAUGAAAGUGUAGCGCGCGCUAACGCGGGACGCGCCGCAUCCCACACGCUGGAGCUCCGCCACAGCCCGCAGCUGCAUUGACGGUAAACAGAGCAAGGUAGCGCAUGGGCAGCCAGCGGGGAAUUAUUCCACAUCGCCUCGCAUCCCUGUGCAUACAUGGCGCCCUGACACACACACACACACACGCGCGCGCGCGCGAAUUCAGUUCGCAGCCUCACGCGGUAGUCGCCAAUUUCUUCCCUUUUUUUUUAUUUUUUUCUGCAGCCAUCAUUAUUUGCGUCGGUGUGCAGCAGCGGAGAGGGGAUUCGGCGCACAGUGCCAGUAGAAGGUAUCCUCAUUUUCCGGGAUCAGGACCAUGGAUGUGGCCUCAUCCGGAUCUGUCUCUGCAGACGCGGCGGACUGGCGCGGUUUUUUCCUCGUCGCAGACGCAGCCGCGUCUCCGUGCCGCGUGUUGCGACGGUGUCUCUGAAAAGGCUGCGGACCUCUGGAGGAAAUGAGAAGACGGAUCUGCUUUGACUCACGCCUGACGAGAUGCACUGAAUCACAGCAAAGAUUGAUCCCGCCAUCGACCCGAUGUAGGAAGUGCGCCCUCCGAUCCGCUCACCCACCACUCUUGCUUGGAUUUCAGCAGCCAGUCAAAUCCACCAGCUGGUUAUCGGGCCCCGUGGAGUCCACAGCGUCCACCGACCGGGUCAAGCACCUCUUCUCCACCAAGAGCGACAAAAACGUGACCACCGUGCUCAUCUGGCUCUGGCCUUUCGGACAAACGUACGACCUGGGCGUCUGCAGCUCCCUCUUCAAUAUCGAGGGCUGCUUCAUCACAGCGGACAGGAACCUGUACAACAAGUCCGAUGGGGUCAUUAUCCAUCACCGAGACAUCUGCACCGACCUGUCCAACCUGCCGCCGCCGCAGCGGCCGUCCUUCCAGAAGUGGAUAUGGAUGAACUUGGAGUCGCCGUCGCACUCGUCCCAGCUGCCCGGGAUCGAGAACCUCUUCAAUCUGACUCUCAAUUACCGUCAGGAUGCUGACAUUGAAGUGCCUUAUGGGUCCAUCGUAGCGGCGGAGGGCGAGGAGGACUUUGUUCCGCCCAGCAAAAACAAGCUGAUCUGCUGGAUCGUGAGCAACUGGAACCAGGACCACGUGCGGGUCAAGUACUACAAUGAGCUGUACAAACACAUCGAGGUUCACGCGUACGGACAAGCGUUCGGGGAGUACAUAUCGGACCAGGACUACUUCCCCACCAUCGCCAGCUGCAAGUUCUACCUGGCUUUCGAGAACUCCAUCCACAAGGACUACAUCACUGAGAAGCUCUACAACCCGCUCUCCGUGGGGACGGUGCCGGUGGUCCUCGGGCCGCCCCGGCAGAACUACGAGAACUUCAUCCAGGGAGAGUCCUUCAUCCACGUGGACGACUUCACGUCGCCCAAGGAACUGGCUGACUACCUGCUGCUCCUGGACAGGAACGAGGAGAUGUACCUCAGGUACUUUGAGUGGCGACGGCACUUUAAGGUGAAGAAGGCCUAUUUCUGGGCAGAGCACACAUGCCUGGCUUGUGAUUACCUGCGCAGGCACAAGGAGUACAAGGCGUUCAAUAAUCUUGACAAGUGGUACUGGGGCGGGUAGUGGUUUGGAGCGCUAUGCAGUGCUUGUUGUGUUGUCGAAGGCCGUGUUUUAAGAGUUUUAAAGGUUUAUUACUGUUCUUUCCAGAGCUGUUUUCCCAUGGGUUCAGUGGCCCGGAGAGAGACGUCCAUCUUGUUUUUUUUAAUAACAAGCCGACUUUGCUUAGCCUUAUGUUGCCGUUUGCAUUAUUCAGUUCAAAUUUUUAUUUAUUUUUCUUAACGACAACAAUGUUUGAUGUGUUUUUGCUCCGCGUUGCGCUUAACAUGUCAGACAUUUGCUGCUAUUUUUUUAAAUGUUUCCCCCCUCCCACUAGUCGUGGCUUGAACGCGGAGUUGCGGGAACGUUGCUGUGUAACAAGCGACAUUCCCAAUGCAGUGGUCGAUGUUUCCUUUCCGUUUAAACACCCCCUUGCACGACAGAGUACACGUCGAAAUGGCGUCAGCCGCAGAAGGAGACGAUCACAAGUGAAAAUAUUUAUGUAAUAUUUAUUCAAGUGAGUCAUUAUACGAUAAAGAAAAAACAAUCUCAUCUGUGCUAGUGAUGCAGUCACCUAUGCAGUGUUUACUGAACUCAAAUGUGAAAGUAGUUCAACUGUGUCAUGUACAUACUGUAUUGUGUAUUUUUGGGAUAAUGUAGCUGUCAUCUUUUCCAUGUUUUGUAAGUUUGCACUCGCACGGCGACAGAUGGUCGCCGGCCGUCAUGUGACCGUCGCCCUGGCGGCGUCUGGCGGCAGACGCGACCCCAGUUGCAAGGAAGAGGCUCCUGAGCGGUCCGUCUGUCCCAGUGCAGUCGGACCCAGUGUGGAUGGUGCAAUAUCAGACUCCCCCCAAAGGACUUUGUGUUGCGUUUUGGUUUGAACCUGCAAAAGUCUUGACAUUUCUCACGGACGGGAAAAAGCACAAAGUUGAGUCGUACUCGAACCAUUUAAGCUGUUUUCUAUGUGUGAAUCUCAUCCCACAAUGUGACUUUACAUAUUUACGCCUUUAUUUAUUUUUAUACUUCAUGCACAUGCUACUGGGAUGGUUCAAGUGAAAUCUGUUUCAUCGCCGUCUGGGGAGUCAGAUGUUGCUUGAAAAAGAUAUUUCCUGGAUGUUUUUUUUAAUUUACACUCCUGCAAGUGUACGCAGCCACAUGGCCGCUCACGACCUGUAGAUAUGACUUUGCGGUUUAUUACUGUCACUCAACAAUGCAUCUAAAUAGCACUCAGCAGCUACUGACACGAUGGUUAUGUUUUACAGAAGAUACUGUGCAAAACCAUGUCAACAUUUUAUGCAAGAUGCGCCAGUGGUUUCACGGACACUUGUCAUCAUUUCUGUUCUUUAAAGGGACCUUCGUGUAAUGAGGAUGAUUUUAGUUCUUCUCAUGUAAAAUCGUUCCAAUUGUCAUUGUGAAACCUGUAUAUAAAAACUGUCUUAUACUGAA